AUGGCAACAGUUUUUCAAGAACCGAAAGAAAAAAAAAAGAGAAAAAGUCUUACCGGUAGCCAGAAAGCUGAGGUAUGUCGACUAAGACAAGAAGGAGUUAGCCAAGUUAAAAUAGCUGAAAAAUUUAGUGUUGCUGAAGCAACAAUUUCAGGUAUUGUGCAUGAAAAAGAAAGGUGGUUGGCACUUAAUUUAAUUCCGAAUAGUGCUUCUUUGAAGCGGCAACGAACCGGAAAGUUUCUUCUGUUGGAGGAGGCACUUGCCCUCUGGGUAUCACGAGCUAAUACCGCACUACAGACAAUUACAGGUAUAAUAAUUCAAUGUAAAGCAACACAACUCGCAAAAAAGCUUGAAGCACAUUAUAAAAAAAUAUUCUGUGAAGAUCGCAUAGAUGUGUUUGAUACUUUUUUGGAAUCUGGUGAUCCUCUCGAACCGAUAACUAUCAAAGAUGUGAUCGAUUUCGUUGCUGCUGCUUGGAAUAAAGAUUUUCUAAGUGAAUUGUUCCCAUUUGAAGAACUUGACCAAGAUAAUGAACCAAAUAUUACUAAAGAGUAUGUAAUUGCCGAUGCUAACCUAAUUACUACUGAAAUGCCAAAUGAUGAUGAGAUAAUUGAAGCGGUAAAGAAUCGUGAAUGUAUCGAACCAGGAGAUGAA